AUGCCUGAAGGAUCCCUACCUCUAAGAGCUACAAUGGACUCCGAGUUAACAACCGCCCUACCACAAGGUCCAACUCCAACCUCAGCUACCGUGGUCUCAAUCGGCACACACAGCCUCUCCUACACGGUCACCGGUCCCUCCCUUGACCCGUUCGACCCCCUCGUCAUGAUAUUCCCCGGCGCCGGCGACGUCGCAUCGUCCUACAUCGCCGUCGAGCGUCUCCUGCGCCCCUUCACACGGACCCUCCUCUACAACCGCUCCGGCCUCGGACGCAGCACGACCUCCCCGGUAAAAGCGGACUCAACUGCACAGUAUCAGGGCCAGGCAGUUACCGCCGCAAGGGAUCUCAGUACACUCCUAGAACACGCCCGAAUCAAUACACCCCUGAUCCUACUCGCGCACUCCUACGGCGCGAUCGUAGCGCGGGAAUUCCUGCAUCUUCACCCCGAGCGCGUGGUCGGCAUGGUGCUCGUCGACGCGUCGACCGAGCGCGCGAGCGAGUUCUUCAAGGUCCCGGAUGAGAACAUCGGCGCUGUGAUGGGCACUCUGAGUUACGCGCGUGCUACCGGGUUACGAAGCCAGACGGUACUGAGUGCUGACGAAUGGAGGGUUCGCGCGAAGGAGAUCAUCGCGAGCUUGGACGGUGCAGCCGUUGAAGCGGGCAGUUUCCACGAGGUGUGCGAGACGCUGAAGUGCAAACAGCAAUUUGAGAAGCAGGCGUUGGGGAAUCGGCCGUUGAGUGUUAUCCGGGCGAACACGGCCAGCGACUACGAGGCUAUCUAUGAGAAGGGUGUUGCUGCGGGGAAUGGCACGGAGGGGCAGAGGAGGGCGUUUAGGGAGCUGUUGGAUCGGUGGGAUGGGAUUGAUGGGAUGUUACAGGGGGAGCAGCUGUGGCUGUCGGCGAAUACGCGUUUCGUUAGACUGGAAGACUGCGGGCAUAAUGUGCAUCUUGUACGUCCGGAUGUUAUUGCGGAGGAGGUGAGGUGGGUGAGGGAUAGGGUUAACGCGGCCAGCCCUAACAUCUGA